AUGCCCCCGAAAGUAUCCCAAGAGCCAUCCACGAUGCCUGAAGCGCAGGGACUCAAGUAUGACGAAUACGAAAUGGCAUUCUUCAUGGCCAAGUUAUCAUACCACUCCACGGCCGAAGAACGCAUGGCUUCCUCCGAUUCCAAUCUGGCGUCGAUCUCGGAGGCACAGGCAAAGAUUCUGAAGCUCUGGGAUAUGCUGAGACAAAAGGAGAAAGAGUUGGCCGAGAAAGGGAAGAGCCUCUCACCGACGGAAAAGCGACAAUUAAGACAAUACGCAUGGCGGUUCGAACAACUGGAGAAAACGGCAACUAAGACUACUGGCGAGUAG